AUGUCUUCUUCUCUUGAGCAGCUCAAGGCCUCUGGCACUGUCGUCGUCUGUGACUCUGGUGACUUUGCCACCAUCGGCAAGUACAAGCCCCAGGAUGCCACCACCAACCCCUCUUUGAUCCUGGCCGCUUCCAAGAAGCCCGAGUACGCCGCCCUUAUCGACGCCGCUGUCGAGUACGGCAAGCAGCACGGCAGCAAUGUCGACGAGAAGGUUGACGCCACCCUUGACCGUCUCCUGGUUGAGUUCGGCAAGAAGAUCCUGGAGAUCAUCCCCGGAAAGGUCUCCACGGAGGUUGAUGCUCGCUUCUCUUUCGACACCCAGGCCUCCAUCGACAAGGCCCUUCACCUCAUCAAGCUCUACGAGGAGAACGGUAUCUCCAAGGACCGUGUCUUGAUCAAGAUUGCUUCCACCUGGGAGGGUAUCAAGGCCGCUCAGGUCCUCCAGCGUGACCACGGCAUCAACUGCAACCUGACCCUCAUGUUCUCCACCGUCCAGGCCAUCGCUGCUGCCGAGGCCGGUGCCUACCUCAUCUCUCCUUUCGUUGGCCGUAUCCUUGACUGGUACAAGGCUGCUCACAAGCGUGACUACUCUGCCGAGGAGGACCCCGGUGUCAAGUCUGUUCAGAGCAUCUUCAACUACUACAAGAAGCACGGCUACAACACCAUCGUCAUGGGUGCUUCCUUCCGUAACACUGGUGAAAUCACCGAGCUUGCUGGCUGUGACUACCUGACCAUCUCCCCCAACCUCCUCGAGGAUCUCUACAACUCUACCGCCGCUGUCCCCAAGAAGCUCGACGCCGCCAGCGCCGCCGGCCUUGACAUCCCCAAGAAGACCUACAUCAACGACGAGGCUCUGUUCCGCUUCGAUUUCAACGAGGAGGCCAUGGCCGUCGAGAAGCUCCGUGAGGGUAUCUCCAAGUUCGCGGCCGAUGCCGUGACCCUGAAGGACAUCCUCAAGCAGAAGGUCCAGGCCUAA